AUGCCUGUGCAGCUAAAAUUUAUAACGCCAUUUGAUGGUGUCGCUUACGCGAAAUUGAAAGGGAAGAAAGGGAGAGAUGAUAAGACACAAGAAAUCGCAACAGUUGAAUCACCAACACACGCGGAGACAGGCAGUCACGAUGCACUAUCGAUAGGCACCUCAGCAAGCCGCACCUCUGACCUCGUCGUUGAAGCCCCUCCGAUGGAACCACUAGGACCCGUCAAUCACGAAGCGCACAGUGGGUGCAGUGAGACGCUCCAGGGAACUCAAGAAAAUCCCCCCAGUAACUUCGAAGUCAAUCAUGUCGUUGAUAUUGCAGACGGGCACCCUGGCUCAAUCGGUAAGGCGUGCGAUCUCAACCUCACCUCAGACAGCGUGCCGAGCCAAACUUUGAGCACUUCCCCCGAGAUUAUCAGCGGCCCGUCAUUGGCGGCCUCUGAUAUACACGGCGGUAAAACUUUCCUACAAGAGAAAGAACCAAGCCUGGACGUUCAGAUGGAUGACGCAAUGCAGUGUGAAUGGGGUGUUUCCGAUAUCCAUGGGCAAGAAUUUAAGAAUGGCAAAAUGUACUACCUGGUAGAAUGGAACCACACUUGGGAGCCUGCAGAGAACAUAUCACACCUGCUAGAUGUGGUCGAGCGGUGGAAUGCCAAGGUCAAAACU